GAAAAUUAUGAAGAUGUGAUUGGAUCUGAACUAGAUUUGAUUCAACCAGGUUGGGGUAGUGAUGAUGAAACGAUUUGGAUUAUAGUUGUUUCAGCAAACGAUCGAAUUUCAUCGGUCUUUGAUGAUACAUUUGAUCAAACUGCUCUUAAUUCAUCACAAGCUGUUUAUCCUCCACCUCCUAAGAUUCGAGAAGAUCAAAUCUCAGUAGUACAACUUUCUCCAGAUGAUCCAUUUUUAUUUCCUACUAAUUUUAGGUUUGGUAGAAUUGAUUAUAUGGGAAAGACCGAUAUAAUCUUAACUAAAUGGCUCAUUUUCAAAUGUCCAGUAAUGGUGGUGAUCGGUAAAAGAGGAAAAGAAUUAAGGUUCUUUAAGAUUGGUGGAACACCUCCACCUGUUGAUCAUCUGGCUCAAUUUAUUCGUGAACAAACAUGGACCUAUAAACCGGUUUGGAAUUCUACCUUUUCACCUGGUGGAUCAAAUGAAUGGAUUGUUGAGGGAUUUGGAAGGAUGUUCAGUGGAUUACACAAUAUCACCGAUCGAGUACCAGGUUGGAUUUUGAUGAUGGUGACUAGCGCGCUAGGUACUUCUCUAAUGCAAUAUUUACAUGGUCGAUCUGGUUCUGAACCGAAGAAGAAGCCAGUGACUGAUCCACAACGUAAAGAAGAAAUCAAAGCUGCUCUAGCUAAGGCUGCGGUGAGGUUGGCCGAAGCUAGUGCUCGACGGACUCGGGAAAAGGCUAAGGCUAAUUUGGAGGCUGAUAAUACGGGCACUGUAGAGACUGGAGCUAAGGAAAUUUUGCAAGCCGAGGGCAAAGUCACCUCAGAGUCUAAACCUGCAUCGGCGGUCAAGCGACGGAAAGGUAAAAGUGAAGAAAAAAAUGGGUAAACUGCAUGGGGUGUCCUGGAUUACGAAUCUGGAAUAUUGGAGGAAUAAAUGCUAUGACUAGAAAUGAUUUGGAUUUUGAUAUGAUCCUUGGAAAUUGAAGAUCGAGCUUCGUUGAUGAUUUGGGAAAUCGGUUUACUGGAACACAUUCUUUAAGUGAUCAAGGUUUCUUUGCUUUAAAUAGCUGCAUUGUGUUACUGUAUACAUGGUAAAAUAUAGGUCAAGGAUACGUUGGUUAUGUAAGAUGAUCUGGUGUUAUGUUGCUCAUCUGGGUACUUUUCAAAGAUUCGAACAAAUUGUGUUGUGUUUUUUUGGGGAUGUAUAUACUUGAUAACUUUUUGCAUAGUUUUGAUUUUCUUCUUUUGUUUUAUGUUUUUCACUUUUGCCAAAUUUCUCAUUAACAUUUUUUAUACGCCAACAUCUUUUCUGUUUUAGUGUUUCUCAUUUUUUAUCGUUUUUUUGCUCGUGUUGUUGGGAAAUAAUGAUACUCGGAAGAUUGAAUUUUGGACCAG